UUUGUAGCCUGAUAAAACAUGCCACUUUAGAAAAGAACACGUGAAACUUGUGUUUUAAAGGACAUCUUCCCAACAUAAAUCACCACUGGAGGUCAACAAAAUGGCACCUGCUUCCUCUCUUUGGCAGAUUUCGACGAUGGUUAUUAUGUCGUCACACCACAGGAAGUGACAUCACAUGUUGACAGCGCGGUUGGGACACGCCUCCGCGGAGGGAGGAUGGGAUUGUUUUGAGGGUGCGAGCUGAGUCGUGCCACAGUCGGAGGCAGACGUCGGAGCUGCGCGGCUGUGUUUGUGUGUGUAUCUGCAUGCAUCGUGCUCCCGCUCGGAUGCUAAUUCCCCGCUCCUGAUUGGACUUAAAGAGGACAGCUGGGGUUGUCUUUUUUUUUGGGGGGGGGGGGGUGCAUGCUGGGAGCUCCGCCAGGGAAUCAUCACAACAAUAUUAAUAAUAAAAGGUGUCGGGAGGGUGGGGGGGAUAAUCUUACGCCACGCUUGAACAAUGUUCCGCCGGAUUCUCCGUGUGCUCACAAAGGCUUUUCCCGCUCGUUAAUGGACCGAUGGGGGGACGCGGCGGCGGCUUGCCAUGCUUGAAUCCCACCUCCGCGUCCCAGAGCUUCUUGGUGACCGCUUCCAGAUCCACCGAGGACCCCCCCAGUACCCUCCCCUCACCCCCUCACCCUCAACCAUCCCUUUUGUCCCUGGUCUGUACCUCUGGCUACUUGAGUGUAUUCACCCCUUCUGACGCCUAAAUGAUCUCGUGGACCUCCUCGCUGCUCCGCCGCCGCCCCCUGAGCCCCUCCACAUUCCGGCAUGUUGCUUCACCGGGGUUGAUCCCCCUUUCACUCUCCCGUUACCCACCCUCCUUCCAAUCUGCUGUCCUCUGACCCUUUUGUUUUUAUCACCCCCCUACCCUUUUCACCCUCUUUCUCCCAAACUCCUUUCCCCCCAUGACCAUGUUGCCAUGUGUCUGCUGGCUCCAGCCUGUCCUCAUGGUGCUGACGUCUGUGUUCUGGACCCGGGGGGAGAACUGCCCAGCGACCUGCCUGUGCCCGGACCCCCACACGGUGGACUGCAGCGGACGCGGGCUGACCCACCUCCCGGACGAGAUCCCCCUGGACGUCCGCCGGCUCCUGCUGGCCGACAAUUGGAUACCCCUCAUCCCCUCCGACUUCCUCGUUCUGUACAGUGACUUGGUCUACCUGGACUUGCGGAACAACACGCUCUCCUACAUUGAACCGGGGACCCUCAGCACCUCCUCCAGGCUGGUCUUCCUGGACCUCGGCAGCAACAACUUGACAGAAAUCCCCAAGGGCACGUUUGGGGAGUCCCGAAGCUUGAUCAAACUGCGACUGGGCAACAACCCUUACCUGAGCAUGGUGAGCGAGGACGCCUUCUUGGGCCUCACGUCUCUCCGGGAAUUGGAACUGGAGCGUAACGCGCUGUCGAGCCUCAAGGUGGGCGCGCUAAAUCAGCUGCCCUCCCUGCGGGUGGUGAGGCUGGAGGGCAACCCCUGGGUGUGCAACUGCAACUUUGCCAGCCUGUUUGGAUGGCUCAUGGAGAACAAUCACAAGCUUCCCAACGGAGUGGAAGGCAUGGAGUGCUCCCUCCCCAUGGACGGCCGCCGCGUGUCCCUGACCCAGCUCUCCAAGGACAGCUUCCGCGAGUGCCAGGCAAGCCUGACUCUAACAGACCUGCUCAUCAUCAUUUUCUCGGGCAUCUCCGUGUCUGUGGUAGCCAUCAUGACCAGCUUCUUCCUGGCUUCCACCGUCCACUGCUUCCAGCGCUGGAGUAAAGGCUCCAAGGGCGACGAGGAGGAGAGCGAAGAGUGAAAAGGAUGUACUUUUAUAAAGGGCUCGUCUGAUCCGGAUGUUUCUUGUGUGGACAAGACUCCACAGACAGAAAGAAGUGUGCAACGCAGUGACAGAUUUGUGCUGCUUCCUACCUGGUGAACGUCCAGGAUUGUUUUAUGGAAGGAUCUCAGCCUGGUACCAUUCUUAAUUUCUUUGCAAAGGGGCAUCUAAGUACAGUAUUGUAUGAAAAGUCAAUCCUGAGGAGUAGAUAAUAUUAGUGGGCUGCUCAGCUCCACUCCAAAUGAUUUCACUUUUUUCAAACAUAGCUUGGGUAGCAAUUUGCAUAGUUUGCUAUAAAAGAAGCCACAGCGAAAAGUUUGGGCUGUGUUCACACCUGUAGCUUGGUACUCUUGUUCGGACCAAAGUUUAUAAAAAAGAUAUCAAAGAUACUGUCCUAUUAGGUGAGGUUGGAUUUUUAUCAUCGUACUAAUUUUCACAAAACUCAAAUUGUCCAAACCAGCAAAGAUGUCAGAUGUGUAGAAAUGAGCUAAGGCCAAUCGCCUUUUGAAAAUUAUUUUCCUAUGUUUAAUAAUGUAUACAGUUUCGCUUUUUGGCUUGAACUAGUGAGGGAAAAAACAAUCUUCUUUUCUACGAUAUUCUAAUUUGUUGAGAUGAACCUGUUCAAAUAGUUUGGUCUCUUGAGUGCCUGCCUGCCCUUCCAAGUGUGUCCACUGCAUGUCCCACAUGCACAGAUCCUCAACAUUAAUUGACCAGGGCAAUUUGGUAGCUCGUUAAUGAAGUGUUGCCUCCAUGAGUGAAAAUACAAUUGAGACUUUUACUGUCUUUAUGGGUUGUUGUUUUGUUUUUUUCUAACUCUAGACUCCUGCAACAUCCUGCUAACAAAAGCCGUACUUGGCUCUCUGGGGUGUAGUGAGCAGUAUUUCAUUUGCAUGAGACAGGCCCGCCCCCUCAAAACAGGCUCAGGCUUGAAAAACAGGGUGAAAGGAAGCGAUAAAGCUUGAUUUUGACAAAAUCGUGUCACAUACAUCAUUCAAGUCCUUGCGAAGUGAAAGUAAAUAUGGCUUCUACAUUAGACACGCCACAAAGAAGAGUGUUGUUAACAACCCUGGCAAAUUGGACUCGUUAAAAGAACCAGCAAGUGUGUACAGUAAAAAGAGGCUUAACAAUCAUGGCAAAUCAAGCCAUUGUCUCUGCUCUCAAACGCUGUGGGCAUGUCCACUGAAUCUGUGAAAUCACGCCCCACUGAAAAAUGGAUGCUACUUCGUCUAGCAUCUUUUUUUAUGCCUACAUAGCUCUACGUGUGGCAGCUGCAAAAAUACAGUACUGUAUAUCUGCUUAAAGCCACCAGUGGCUGGAAUAUUCCCCACCGGGUCGUCGCAGGGCUUUCUACGCCGCGACGAGAGGAGCUAGCCACCAGUUAGCUUGUGAGCUAACAGGCUCGGGCCUAGUAAUAAUGACAAAGUAACUCGAAACCUGGUCUGUGUCUGCGCUCCAUGUUAACUGAACCCUAGUCCACAUAUAAGUGAACCGAGACCACCUGCUCGAGAGGUCUCGGUCCGCUUGUUUGGUUCAAAUGUGAGCCUUGUUACACUCGACCCAUACAAGUGUGAACACAACCGUUACCAUCAACUUUUCUGAGGGUUACUGUGACACUACAAGAUGAUCAUACCCUAUGAAAUAUCCGAAAGACGUCAGACAGACCAAUGACCUCAAUAUUUAUUCCCCCCUUCCCUGUAUGACAUCACAUCCUGUCAUUCACGCCGUCUGUUUUGCUACCAGGCGAGAAAAAAAGGACAUGUACAACGGACGGGCAAAUUCCACGGUAUACUAUAUAGUCACACACAUGUAUGUGGAAAAUGAAAACAAGCAUCAUCGUAUAAAUCCAGAGAAUAUACUCUUUCAUUAGCGUGAUGUAGAAAGCUUAACUAGCUCUGAGUAUAAUCCUCACAAUUAGGGCAAAAAAACCAAAACAAAAAAUGUGGUAUUAUAAAUGAAGAGUACAUGUACAACUCUCGUGUCAAUGAAUGCACUUUAAAUGGUGAAUCUAAUUAUGUGACAGCCCUAAUUACACCAUUCCGACUGCUUUUGUACUCAUCUGCCAAAGAUCAGGUUGAAGUGAAGCGAGCCUGUAGGAUUUGGAUUUGAUCUCUUUCUCUCAUUUCAGCGUUUCCAACUCAAUGAGCCAUCAUUGUCACUUUACCGAAACCCUUUGACAUACGCAAGAGCCCCCAUAAUAACCAGUCCCUUAAUAAAUCAUCGUUACCACGGGAAUCGCCGUUCCCUUGUCGUGCUUUUAAUAGUGUUCUUCCGAGGUAUGAAGCUAAUGAUUUUACAGGAGAGGUUUGAUUAACAAAAAAACAUGACAGCCGCAUUUCUCAUUUUGAUUGAAGGUGACCUGAAUGUGUUAAUUGCAUUCUGGGUUGAGCAAUGCUCAAAACCUGGACUGCUGGUGUUUGCAUUAAAGAAUUGUGCAGUGAGGUGGGAAUAAUUGUGUCACACUGAGAUAAGGAAAGGAAAGAAUGAGAAAAAAAAAAAACAUGUCAAGAUACAGGAUGUGUUGGUUGGUUUAGAAACAAUAUGUUGUGGUGACCUUGAGGGUGAAGCAUUCCCAACGUGUGUCUGGCAAAAGAAGACGAGGAAUGAAAGAUAGCCAUCUUUAUGUCACCAUAACAUGCAAAAUCACUGGUAAAGCGGGGUGUGGACAUAUACGGACAAUCAUGACACAUUUCAACAUUUUCCUUCCCUUUAGAUUAAAGUUAGCAAAGGCCUGAUGAGCAGAAGUCUGUAAAAGAUGAUCCUGAGCGCUUAUCUUGUGGUGGUGUUGGUUGUUUCUUCUCCGAUAGGAUCGGAAAAUAAUCAAUUGUAAAUCGUCACGAUCGCAAUUCCUUAUGUUUGCGGUCAACACUGAUUUCGGCCAAGCCACGGUCUCCGGGAUUGUUAAAUGAAACGGAACAAUAGCAAAUUAGGAAGCAACCUGUAUUUUCCUGAUCUCGUAAACACUGUAUGCCCUGUAGUGCCAUGCUGCCUCUCAUAGGUCAAUCUUAGUACUCAGCGGGAGGAGCCUCACAAUUGUCGUCGGAAAUAUUGUGUAUGUGUGGUGUGCUGUAUUCGUCAUCUCAAGUAUACCACAAACUAUAAGACACGUAUGAACAGCUGCUGAUGUGUUUUCAUUGUCAUAUGUGGGGUCUCUCACGUUUAAAAAAAAAUCGGUUACGAUAUUAUCAAUCGGCAUGUGUGUACCCCGCUUAAAAUCUGUUGUGAGUUAACUGUGCUGCAAACCUAAAAAAAAUAAAAAUAAAUCACCUUAAAUUCUCAUUUUAACUACUGUUCAAAAUUCUAAUGAGCUUCUUUGUUUAUCCUAAUAUUUUUGUUGCCCAAAAUGUGUGUUGUUGUUUCAUUUUAUGGGACAUGAAAGCAAAUGGGGUUUCAUCCAUCAAGCUUUGUAAACAAGCUAGACGACAUACCUUGGCAGAUAAAUAGGUGGUAACCAAACCACAGGAAACAAGAGGUAUUUAAAACAGGGAGGGGAUACAAAAUCUACGCCCACACUAAGGAUAUCUGUAAUGUUCGCUGAAAUUCGCCAAAAGGUACAGCUAUAAAGUCGGGGUCCUGAGGUUUAUGUCAUGGCAUUCACCAUUUCAAGGUUAUGGACCGCAUGCUAUAAACUAGUUUGCACAGCGGCAAAAGAAGGCAAUGUUCAGUUACCGCCGUACUUACUGUUUUAGCAUAUAUUUUGUUUUAUAUUUUUGGUCUUGAUGUGCUUAUCAUACAAAUAUUUACUGUAAUUAUGCCAUUGACUACUGCAUUUGCAUAGGUUAGGAAUAGGCUACGACUUUUUUGGACAAACAAACAAAUUCAGAUCAUGGUGUCAGUCUGAGAAACUGAAUUUUGUCCUAAACCGAGGACCCCCUGUAAACUCGUCACAAAAUGUCUGGUUUUCCCUGACACCAAUAUGACAACUCAUACGCCGCACUUUGUGAUGUCGCUCUUCUACAAACACAGCAAGGAGAAAAUUGGAUGCUAUUGUCUGUGAAAUAAAGAGGAUAGUGUGCCAAAGCCCUGCCGCGAAUAGCGAAAAUCAGCGAGUAAAUGACGCCUCCUCCCUGCACGGUUUAGAAUUGCCUAUAGUUGCACAAAGAUUUUGGCAAAUCACUUACAUGAAUCUCCUCAACUUAGGUAAACAUAGUUUUGGGGCACAAAUACUUUUCUUGUAGACAUGGCUUUGGCCUGAGAACGAAAACAGCAAAUGGGUAAAUCUGAGUCGCAAAUUUGUGGAGAAUCACUGUACUGAUGAAGGUCUCUUAUUUCCUGGAAUGUCGACGUAUUUUGGUUGGCUAGCGAACUACGCUCCCUACUGACUUGGACUUGUCCCCCCUGCCCUCUGCCACUUGCUUUGACAUUACAGUGAAUAAUCACUGGUUACUCAGAAAAGUGGUGGGAAUUUGUAGAUCCCACAGCUGAUUAGCAUAACGGCGCUAUGAAAGAAGCUAGUUCACGUGUUCCGGAAUCAAAUGGCACAAAAUCCCAAGACGUUGAGUGUUUUAUUUUCUCCUUCAACAGACGUUUCUGUCAGUGCAGAGGAAAGAAUCCAAGAGGGACUUUGUUUUUAUACAUAUCAUUAUGGGUUCCAACUACUGUGUAGUUGCUGUAUUGACAAACUCUUACGUUAGCUUAGCUCUUUGCUCUGGAUGCAUAUGUUCGCAUGACAUGACUUCAUUUCUCUCGCAAACACCGGGACAUUAGAGCAUGCACUGCUGCAUUAACUACUCUUAGAUUCAUGUCUAUUUUUAUAUUAAACCUUUCCGAAUGGAGUGUUCAUUUACUGCCAGGCCCCUCUGGGUCAGUGUUGACAUUGCGGACCCCCAGUGGCCACCUCUCGCGUACGGCUUUGUCAGAUGGCUAUUGAAGACGCCCCAUCUUAAAGAGAGGUGACAGGUCAGAGUCAAAUGAAGAUUAUAAACAGCAACGACCGUGACGCCGUUGUUGCACAUGAAUGCAUUUCAAAAUGUCAAACACGUUGUAUGUGUCGCUGUAUUGUAUUGUUUGGUUAAAAAAAAAAAAUAAUAAAUACCUUUUUUUUCUGUCUU